AUGUCUAGGGCAGAGAAGCAACCGCCGUCGGAUCCGAUUACGUCACUUCCCGAGGACGUCGCCUUUGACAUCUUAGCGCGUGUUCCGAGACGCGACUAUCCAACAGUCUCCCUCGUUUCGAAACUCUUCCGCUCACUCGUUUCGUCGCCUGAGGUAUACGCGAGACGAUCUUCCUUGGGUUGCGCUGAACACUGUCUCUAUGUUUCAGUCCGUAACGUUGAGAACAGCGAUAUCCGUUUGUAUACCCGCAGCAUCGGCCACCACCGCUUGGCCCUCAUCCCUGGGCAUCCCGCUUUGCCUUGCUGUAGAAGCGUUGUGGCAGUAGGUUCGAGGAUAUACGUGUUUGGUGGGGUAAAGAUGACAUCGAGUGCUUUCAGCAUCGACUGCAGAUCUCAUACUGUUCAACCCCUCCCGAGCAUGCCUUUCCCCAUGUGUGAACCAGUCGCCGCCUUUAUGGAUGGGAGGAUCUACGUUUUUGGAUGUGAUGACUUCUACUCAGAGUCAAAGAAUACCGAAACACAAACGUGGGAGCCUGAGAUGACGACGAAAACGCCAACAGGGAUGGAGAUAGUUAACUUGAGGAAGGAUGCGGUGGUGAUGGGUGGUAAGAUGUACAUGAGGAAUCAUCGGAAGAGCUUUGUUUACGAUCCAAAGGAAAGCAAAUGGGGAACGGAUGAGGUGCUGCAUUCCAAGCCGUGGGGGAAGGCGUGCGUCGUUGACGAUGUUUUGUACUACCAGGAUUCUCGUAAGAACAAGUUGAGAUGGUAUGACCCGAAGCAGAGGUGUUGGGGAGUGGUGAAAGGCGUGGAAGAGUUGUUGGCUCAGACGCUUGAUUUUGGGUAUAUAGACUCUCUGUGUUACGAUGGGAAGCUGGCGUUGGUGUGUCCUAAAGGAGGUAAGAGUAUGGAGCAAGUAAGGACGGAGGUCUUUUUAGCUGUGAUUUCUCUGGAAAGACGCAAAGGAGGUCAGGUGUGGGGUGAAGUUGAUCACUCGUGUGAUCUUGGUUUGACUGUUGCUGGUGGUAAAUUUCAUAUUAUGAAAGCUCUUGAUGUUGUGGUUUGA